AAGUUGUAGACCAAGUCCAGGAGGGAGGUGCAGUGGCAUUGUUGCCAAGCACAGCGCUCAGCCUUUUCCUGGAUAACGGGUCUGUGUGAGAGGAAGGAGGGCGGGAUCACAGAGGGAAAGUCCCAGAAAAGUUCAUGGAUAAAAGUUGGAGCUAAGAUGGCUGCUAGGGAGAGGAGAGGAUGGUGAACCCCAGCCGUGUGAAGCCCCAGCCGCCCCCCGAUCUGGACGGAGAGGAGAAGAAGAAGAGAAGGAAAGGCAAUCUAGAGAUGAAGACGGCGCCGUCCUCCUCCUCCUCGCCCAGCCUCCCGGCCCGGGUCAUGUUAGAGAUGGACGCUCUGCCCAGACAAGAGGCGCCCCCAGGAGGGUCCACCCCGUCCCCGCUCUCCUCCUGUUCUCGCCAGGCAUGGAGCCGAGACAACCCGGGCUUCGAGGCGGAGGAGGACGGCAUGGAGGAAGAGGAGGAGGACGGGGAGGAGGGCACGGUGGUGGAGAUGGAUGUAGAAUGGCAUCCCUCUGCUGGACAUGCCCGGAGGUCUUCUUCUCUGGUCUCCUCUAGUAGUGGGGGCAGUACUGGCCUGGUGGGGUAUCACCCCAAUAAUAUGGGGGGACAGGGGCAGAGAGGGGGAAGGAGGAGGAGAGGAGAGCCUGGCACUACAGCGGGCACUGCCACCCAUGAAGCUGAGCGCACUCAGGAGCUGGAAGGCUGGGGGAAGAUCCUGCACACCCUCCGAGGUCUUUGGGGUACAAGAUACACAGAAGACCGCAUAACUACCAGAGAGAAAUACCUGAAGAGUGUGCUCCGCGAGCUGGUCACCUAUGUGGGCUUUCUGAUUAUCUUAUGUAUUCUAUCUUAUGGGAUGGUGUCUUCCAGCAUGUUUUACUAUACAAAGGCAAUGACCCAGCAAUUUCUGGACACACCUGUUUCAAAGUCUGAGAGGACAAAUUUUAAAACCUUGAUGAAAAAGGAGGACUUUUGGAAGUUUGCAGAGGGCCCACUAUUGGAUGGUCUAUAUUGGGACAUGUGGUUCAACAACCGUACAACAACAGAAAACCAAAGCUUCGUCUAUUUUGAGAACAUGCUACUUGGGGUUCCUCGUCUCCGUCAACUUAAAGUGAGGAAUGGGUCCUGCACUGUGCCAGAAGAUCUAAAAGAUGACAUCAAAGACUGCUAUGAUAUGUAUUCUGUGAGGAGUGAAGAUACUGCCCCCUUUGGGCUACGAAAUGGAACAGCCUGGACAUACACCAAAGAAAAGGACUUGAAUGGCAGCAGCCAGUGGGGCCUCAUUGCCAUAUAUAGUGGGGCUGGGUAUUACUUGGACCUAUCCAGGGAGAGAGAAGAGGCAGCUGCGCAAAUUACAACUCUGAAGAAAAACAUGUGGUUGGACAGAGGCACCCGUGCAGUGUUUAUUGAUUUCUCUGUUUACAAUGCAAAUAUUAACCUAUUCUGCAUUGUGAGGUUAUUGGUGGAAUUCCCAGCUACCGGUGGCCUGGUCACAUCUUGGCAUUUUCAGACCGUGAAGUUAAUCCAUUACAUUUCCACAUUUGACUAUUUCCUGGCUGCCUGUGAGAUCGCUUUCUGUCUCUUUAUACUUUAUUACAUGGUGGAGGAGUUCCUAGAGAUCCGCAUUCACCGUCUGCACUACUUCAGGAGCCUUUGGAACUGUCUGGAUAUUGUGAUUAUUGUGUUCUCCUUGGUGGCAGUGGCAAUCCGCUUAUACAGAAUGACAUCUGUAGAAGGACCGCUCAAUAAACUCCUGGCGGACAUGAAUUCAUUUCCGAACUUUGAAUCUCUGGCUUACUGGCAAAAUCAGUUUAACAGUAUUGUUGCUGUGACUGUGUUCUUUGCUUGGGUUAAGCUCUUCAAGUUUGUGAACUUCAACAGAACCAUGACCCAAUUGUCUACAACUAUGUCUCGCUGUGCCAAGGAUAUCUUGGGCUUCUCCAUUAUGUUUUUCAUCAUAUUUCUGGCAUAUGCCCAAUUUGCCUACCUUGUGUUUGGUACUCAGGUUGAUGACUUCAGUACUUUCCAGGACUGUAUCUUUACCCAGUUCCGUCUUAUUCUGGGAGAUUUCGACUUUGCCAAGGUUGAGGAAGCAGAUCGAAUAUUGGGGCCCAUCUAUUUUUCAUCAUUUGUCUUUUUUAUCUUCUUCAUACUUUUGAACAUGUUUUUAGCCAUCAUCAGCGACACAUAUUCAGAAGUAAAAACAGAUAUGGCUCAGCAAAAAACUGAAAUGGAAUUGUCCGAUCUUAUAAAAAAGGGCUGUAGCAAAGCAUUGGUGAAGCUUAAGCUGAGGAAGACUACGGUGGAUGACAUUUCAGAGAGUCUCCGGCAAGGAGGAGGAAAGCUAAACUUUGAUGAGCUAAGACAAGACCUAAAAGGGAAAGGCCACACAGAUGCAGAAAUUGAGGCAAUUUUUGCCAAGUAUGACCAAGAUGGAGACCAGGAACUUACUGAACAUGAACAUCAGCAGAUGAGGGAUGAUCUGGAGAAAGAGAGGGAGGACCUGGAGCUGGAUCGUGGCUCUCUACCUCGUCCCAUGAGCGGUCGCAGCUUUCCACGUAGUUUGGAUGACUCAGAGGAGGAUGAUGAUGAGGACAGCGGUCACAGCUCUCGCCGCAGGGGCAGCAGCUCCAGUGGUGUUUCUUAUGAAGAGUUCCAAGUGCUUGUGAGAAGAGUGGAUCGGAUGGAGCAUUCUAUUGGGAGUAUUGUGUCCAAAAUAGAUGCCGUGAUUGUUAAAUUGGAAGCCAUGGAGAGAGCCAAAGUGAAGCGCAGAGAGGUCCUGGCAAGAAUUUUGGAUGGAGUCACUGAGGAUGAACGGCUUGGCCGGGACAAUGAGCUGCACAAAGAACAAAUGGAGCGGCUAGUGAGGGAGGAGUUGGAACGAUGGGAAUCUGAUGACACAGCUUCCCAAAUGAGCCACAGACUGGGGACUCCAAGCGGAACUAAUUGUCAACCUCGCUCCAAGACAUCACGGCCUCCCUCUUCCCAGUCUACAGAGGGGCUGGAUGGGGGAGGAGUGGCUAGCAGUGUCUCCAAUAGCCAGGUGUAAUUAUCAACAGCGUAAUGAAAGUUGAAAGUGCACUAUAGAGUCUUGUGUAGGUUGCCUAUUGCUCUCUAGCAGAAGGAACUGGAGACUUCGUAAGGCCAUGCCAGAAAUCCUCCACCUGAGAGCCGCAUGUAGCCUAACAGGGACCUGGUUAUUGCCUGUUUAAAGCAUACAAUGAACAUGAGGCCAAGUUUUCUCCAACAUAAGAUCAACAAACCUUCAUUUUAAAUGUUGAAUUUUGUUAUUUUUUAUAUUUUUGUGUCUGAAAUUUCGCCAAAAACUAUUAAGGGGGCUGGCCUCAAAAUUUUGCAUUUAGCAAGAUCUGACAUCAUAGUCAAUGUCAAAGCUUUCACCGCAUUCACUAAGCUAAGGGAAAAUGUCUUUGCAAAGUGAACAGCCUAUUUGCCUUUAAUAAUGCAACCUCAAAGUGCUGAAGCAAAAGGGUCUGCCUGACAGCCAGGCAACUAGCAUUUUCAGGAGGAGAGGCAAGCAAGGCAGAUUUAAUUUAAAGAAAACAUUGUCAGAGGUCCGCUAAUGCAAUUUAUACGAUUUAAACCAGGCAACCAGAACAUGUUAAUAUCGGUACUUAGUUUGCCUUUAACCACUUCAGCCCCGGAUGAUUUGGCUGCCCGAUGACCAGUCCAUUUUUUGCGAUGCGCUACUGAGUCGCUUUAACUGACAAUUGCGACGCUGUACCCAAACAAAAUUGACGUCCUUU